AUGGAUAUGAAUGAAAAAAGAAAUAAUCAUCUUGGAAAAUUAAUAGUAACAGCAUUAAUAUCAUAUAUUGUUACAAAUGCUGAUGAUUUAAUUAUUUUAAUGAAUUUUUUUACUGAAGCUUCAAUAGGAAAUUCUAAGAUGAAAGUUCGUCAUAUUUUUCUUGGUCAAUAUCUUGGUUUUUUUAUUUUAUUAUCAAUUAGUUUAAUUGGUUAUUUUAUAUCAUUUGUAUUACCAAUUGAAAUGUUAGGAUUUCUUGGUUUUGUUCCAAUAUAUCUUGGUUUAAGAGAAUUGAUUAAAAUUCUAAUUGAUUUGUAUCGAAAUCGUCAUGGAACAAUUGAUGAUAUACUUCCAUCGGAUCCAAUUUCAACUGUUCAAUUAGAAAUUGUUCGUUAUAGAAAUCAAUCUAAUGGAAAUAUUAUUUUUGAAAUAAAAAAAGAAGAUCAACAAGAAAUUGAAGAAAAUAAUCCAACAAAUCUUUCAAAAAUUGAUCGAAUGAAAUUAAAUAUUUUCAAAUGUUUUAAUCAUAUAUUUACAGUUGAAACAUUAAAAGUAACAAGUAUAACAGUAGCUAAUAGUGGAGAUAAUAUUGCUAUUUAUACACCAUUAUUUGCUCAAGCAUAUCGAUGGCAAAUUAUUAUUUAUAUAAUUAUAUUUCUUUUAAUGGUUUUUAUUUGGUUAAUCAUUUCAUAUUAUUUUAUUAAUUAUCAACCAAUAUUAAAUUUAGCACAAAAAUAUGCUCGUUAUAUUGUUCCAAUUGUCUUUAUUGCUAUUGGAAUUUAUAUUAUAAUUACAUCAAAUUGUUUUCCCUGGUUAAUCAAAGCUAUUCAAACAAGGAAUUUUCAAAAUGGUUGA